AUGAACAAUAUCGACGUCAGCCACGGAAACGGCGUGGCCGGCCAAGUCCAACGGCAGAAGCGCUUCCUCCCUUCCAUAGCAACCAUGUCGCUCGGGUCCUCGGCCCUCCACCCUCUGGACGUGAAGCUCAAAAUCGCAGCCGCAAAGGGCUUCCUCGGCGUCGAGAUGUACUGGGACGACCUCUUCCAGUACUCCCUCCAGUUUCGCGACGAGCCCUGCUCGUGUGCCGCGCAGGAGGCCGCGGCAAGCAGCUUCGCCGUCCUGGUAGCCGCCACAGACGUUGCCAACCUGGCAGCAAGUCUCGGCCUGGAGAUUCUGUCGCUCCAGCCAUUCCGCAACUUUGACGGCUUGACCGACCCUGGCCUCCGGGAGAAGCGGCUAGACGAGUUCAGGCUCUGGCUAGCCACAGCCCGCCGACUCGGCGCGGGCAUCAUCGGCGUGCCGAGCGCGCUGCCCACGGUGAAGGCUGCCGACUACACCGACAACCGCCACGCCGUCGCGGCGGAUCUGGCAAAACUGUCGCGGCUCGCAAAGGCACAGGGUAUACGCGUUGCCUAUGAGAACUUGUGCUUCGCGGCGCACGUCAAGGACUGGCACCAGGCGUGGGACAGGAUCGAGCUCGCGCGUGAGCCCGAUGGCCUGCUUUUCCUCCCCGACACGUUCAAUAUCUGCGGCCGGACAUACAUGGACCCCGAGGAGGCGUGUGGUAAGAUGCCCAACGCAGAGGCCGGCUUGCGGGCAUCCCUCCAAAGGCUCGUCGACACGGUUCCCAUGGCCAGGAUGCCGCUGCUGCAAGUUGCCGAUGCAGAAUUGCCCGACUCGCCACUGACGGCGGACCAUCCCUGGCGCAAGGAGGCGGGACUGGUCCCCCUCAUGGCCCUCAGUCGGAAUGCCAGGCUGUUUCCGUUCGAGGAGAGAGGGUACUUGCCCGUUGUAAGCGUUAUACAGGCGCUUGUUAGUGCCGGGUGGGAGGGAUGGGUGAGCAUGGAGGUGUUUUCGAGGACUACAGCAGCGCAAGGGGAAGAGACGAUCUGGGAGCAUGCAAAGAGGGCUUGGGAGAGCUGGGAGAAGUUGGCUCAUGUCAUGGGUUGGGAAGCUCGGCCGCGAAUGGGACGGCAGUAG